AUGCCAUCGACGAAUGGAGCCUUUGCGUUUGCUCUUGUGGUCCUGAUGCUCGGCCUCGUUUCGGUUGACAACGUGCCGACCAACGCACAGCAAGAGUGUCUCUCUGGCGUUGGCGAGAAUGACAGUACCCUUCUUGCGGUGCUUGGCGUCCUCUCGCACGCACCACAGCAGCGACUUCGCGAUGCGUGGCGGCGCCACAUUUUGCCGGUCGCUUCGCCCGACAUUGCCGUCCGCUUUGUCAUGCGCGGCUUCGGUGUUCCCACUCAUGUGAACCUCGAGGCGAAGACGCACGGCGAUGUUAUUUUGCUCCGAGCGAAUUCGUCCUUGCCGCGAGGGACGGGACCGUUGAUCUCUCUAAGGCUCUGGUAUUCGUGCGCGUUGUCUGCCUUUCCGCAGGCGGCGUACGUUGGCAAGGCGGACGACGAUACCUUUGUGCACUUGCCGAGCAUUUCUCGCCAGCUCCAAGCUCUCCCACCCGACACGCCAACGUACUGGGGCAACUUUGAGUGCUAUCACUGGAACAUGACGCGGCAGACACCGACUUGGUUCUGCUUCGACUUUCCGCGCGGCACUGGCAGCUGUCGGAUGAACCAGCAGGUGCUAGGACCCUUUGCCUUUGCAAAGGGCGCCUUGAACUUUCUAAGCCAGAGUCUUGCUCGGCACCUGGUCCGCAGUAAACUAGCAGCCAACAGUGCAUCCGCAGCCGUUCGCACCUUUGCCGAAUAUGAGCAGAUUACGCGCGGGCGCGAGUGCGGCCACUGCCUGCCUUUCGAAGAUGUGUGGACAGGGGCUGCGAUCGCGCGCCUGACAGAGCUGCCAAGCUUGCGCCUGGUCUCGUCGCCUCCCACCAGUGCUAUCGUCCAUUUGAAGGACAAGGCCAGCGCAAAAGAGUUUGAAGCCUGGUCGCACGUCGCAUCAAGGAGGAGCCACUGCGAUGCAGCCACCAUCAACACCUCUUCCAUGUGCACUAUCCACCCCGCACGCACCUGUGGCGGGGCUGAGCAGCAAUUUUGCAGAGGCACCCCUCAGCAUCCCUUGCGUGGCUCUUGCCCGGGCGACGAGCUGUACGAGGCUGAGCCCUGCAAAGAUAACAAGCACACCAACGGGUGGUGCUUGCCCAAAAGGAGGCUGUGCACAGCCAAUGAACGCGAUUUCGUAACGCAACGCUGCCGCGCAACUUGCGGGAGGUGCACCCCGCAUGUGACAUGGAUCGAUGGGCUUCAGCGAUGGGUUCAGGCCAAAUCUGCCCAGGCUGCGUUCAAUGCUUCACUUUAG